UUUCGAUUUUUCUUGGUCCUUUUGGUCACACUGAGCCGAUCCGAUCCGAGUGGUUUUGUGCACGUUGGUAUUUUCGUCACGGCAGCCACGUUAAAAGGAACAACGUGAAUGUCAAUACAACGAACACGGAACGGUGAAGAUAAAUACUAGCGGCGCAGAAGAAUCGGAGAAGGAACAGGCUGCCUAACCCUCCCCCCCAGGCCACAGUCACAGCCAGCAGCCACUGUCACCGUCACACAGCAACCACAAAAAAUCACUCUCGUAAUUCUAUUGGCAACGACUUCGAAGGGGAACAGGAGAUAGAAAUUCACAAGCAAAAUGUCUGGCGAAGAAACGUCUGCUGAUCGCAAUGUCGAAAUAUGGAAAAUAAAGAAGCUCAUCAAGAGUCUGGAAAUGGCACGCGGAAAUGGCACCAGCAUGAUUUCCUUGAUUAUUCCGCCAAAGGAUCAAAUCUCGCGCGUUAGCAAAAUGUUGGCCGAUGAAUUUGGAACGGCGUCGAACAUCAAGUCGCGCGUGAACCGCUUGUCCGUCCUCGGUGCCAUUACGUCGGUCCAGCACAGACUUAAGUUAUACACCAAAGUGCCUCCAAAUGGUUUGGUCAUCUACUGCGGCACUAUUGUCACAGAGGAAGGCAAGGAGAAGAAAGUGAACAUAGACUUUGAGCCAUUCAAGCCCAUCAACACCUCGCUGUAUCUGUGCGACAACAAGUUCCACACGGAGGCCCUCACUGCCCUGCUGGCCGAUGAUAACAAAUUCGGCUUCAUUGUGAUGGAUGGUAAUGGUGCGCUGUUCGGUACCCUGCAGGGCAACACCCGCGAGGUACUGCACAAAUUCACCGUCGAUCUGCCGAAGAAGCACGGUCGCGGUGGUCAGUCUGCCCUUCGUUUCGCCCGUCUGCGCAUGGAGAAGCGUCACAACUAUGUGCGCAAGGUCGCAGAGGUGGCCACCCAGUUGUUCAUUACCAAUGACAAGCCCAACAUUGCCGGCCUCAUUCUGGCUGGUAGCGCGGACUUCAAGACCGAGCUCAGCCAGUCCGAUAUGUUUGAUCCCCGUUUGCAAACAAAAGUCAUCAAGCUGGUGGACGUUUCUUAUGGCGGCGAGAACGGCUUCAAUCAGGCCAUCGAAUUGGCAGCCGAGUCGUUGCAGAAUGUGAAAUUCAUACAGGAAAAGAAACUCAUUGGACGAUACUUUGAUGAAAUUUCUCAGGACACUGGAAAAUACUGCUUCGGAGUGGAGGACACUUUGCGUGCACUGGAACUGGGAUCGGUGGAGACUUUAAUCUGCUGGGAGAACCUCGACAUUCAACGCUACGUUCUUAAGAAUCAUGCCAACUCGACGUCAACGACAGUAUUACAUUUGACGCCUGAGCAGGAAAAGGACAAGUCGCACUUCACUGACAAGGAGAGCGGCGUGGAGAUGGAGCUAAUCGAGUCUCAACCGCUGCUGGAGUGGCUGGCAAACAAUUACAAAAUUUUUGGCGCCACGCUGGAGAUCAUUACCGAUAAGUCGCAGGAGGGCAGUCAGUUUGUGCGUGGCUUCGGCGGCAUUGGCGGCAUUUUGCGCUACAAAGUAGAUUUCCAAUCCCUGCAGGCUGACGAGCCGCUGGAGGAUGUUGAUCUCGAUGAUUAUUAGACACCAGUGUGCUGUGAACAGACUCGCACUUUGCUGUUCGCUUUUUGCGAGUCGAAGAGUUCUCGAUUAUGCGUUAAAUUCAACCAAUAACAAAUAUACUUUUUUGGGGAAAUCUCGUAAAGCAAAACGUUCAAAUUGAUUAGGAACCAAUUUACUUGCCACAUAGUUUUAAUCUAUGUUCAGCGUAGCCGUUCGAUACAAUAUUUAUCAGCAGAGUAGGGAGGGUCCUGCAUCACUCGGAGGUGGAUUGCAUUUCACUGUCGGAUCAGGUCAGGGUGCAUUAGAUGUGUACCCACAUAUAUCUACGAUUUACCAAAUUUUUAAAUUAGUCCGCGAAUACUUUUAAGAACUCACAAAUAUAUAAUUCGUAAAUUAACUGAAACGAUGGAACGGCGUCGCUUUCACACAAACCAUUAGAUUAUUCCCUGUUUUCGGAUCGACUUUAAUUCCAUUAAAA